UGACUUGAACAUCUGAAUAGAUCUUUAGGCUACUGUCAGAACUGAGUUCUUGAAGAACUUAUUGCAGUUCAUAUGCAGGAAUGCAGUAUUUUAGAUAUGGGAAAAAUAGGCUAUUCAGUAUACUGCAGAAAUUCAGUAUUUUGAACAGGAAACUGCAGCAUAGGCCCUACUGUAUUGUAGAUAUCUCUGCAGUUGUAUAAGGGCGUUAUAUCUAUUGUAAAACAACCUGAGUUGCCGUUAGACAUUUCCCAGAGGAAGAUAGCCAAGCCUACACCCACAUGAAGAUCUAAUAGGCCUAAUUAGUUUGGUCAAAUAAGUGUUUGUCAAUUGACAAAAUGGCAGACUGACAACUGUAGCCUAGCCUAUGUAGUUUGGUGGCACGGCAAUCUUAACUUUACACGGUGAAGCUUUAGUAGGCUAUACCUAAUGAUGUUAAAAUAGAGGUCUAAUGUAAAACAAAUGGCACUUCUAACUGGGCUUAUAGCCUACUCUUCCAGCACAAUUUGGUCAAAUAGGUCAUGUUUAAAUGGGUAAAUAGACUCGUUUGACAAAGUCGUAUGACUUGUCCCCCCUCUCCAAACGAUGGGUUCUAGGAUUACUAAAGUUUUAGUAGGCAUCGUGCUUGCAGAGUGGGUUAUUUCAUUCCAUCCACCGCUGUGCGGACUUGCAGAGGUGACCGGGGCGGUGUCAGUGCGCGGACAUGGCUGGUGCAUGUGCAACUUUCCUAUGGAGUCUUUUGAAUUACAAAACAGAGAAGUUUGUCAUCGCCAAAAACAAGAAAAUUGGGAUUUUGUUCAGACUCUUUCAGUUGUCAGUCAUUGGUUAUCUUAUUGGAUGGGUCUUCAUAUGGAAGAAAGGCUACCAGGAGAAAGAAGAAGCAAUUCAGAGUUCUGUGAUGACAAAAUUAAAAGGUGUGACCAUGAUCAACUCCACAUCAGGGCCACAGAUCUGGGGACCAGAGGACUAUGUCAUCCCCCCACAGGGUGAACGAGUAUUCUUUGUUGUGACCAAUUACAUAGAAACGCCAAAUCAGAGAUUGGGUGUCUGCCCUGAGAGUUAUAAAGUACCAGAUGGGCAGUGUGAGCAGGAUGAAGAUUGUCCUCAAGGUGAAAUUGUUGUUGCGGGCCACGGUGUAAAGACGGGGCGCUGCGUAAACGCCACGGGUACCUGUGAGAUCCAGAGCUGGUGUCCUGUGGAGAGUGGUUCCAAACCCACAGAGACCUUGUUGGGAAGAGCUGAAAACUUCACAGUCUACAUUAAGAACUUCAUCCGGUUUCCUAAAUUUGAAUUUUCCAAGUCUAAUAUCCUGGAUACUGGGGAUGACUCAUAUCUUAAAAAGUGUAUGUAUGAUGAGCAUGACAAUCCUUACUGUCCCAUUUUUCGUCUUGGUGACCUUGUGCAUCGGACGGGAUACAGCUUUGAGGAAAUGGCUGUGUUGGGAGGCUCAAUCGGAGUUGCAAUUGACUGGAUCUGUGAUCUUGAUAAAGAUUAUUCGAAUUGCAACCCUCAUUACAGCUUUGCUCGCCUGGAUGGUCACACAAAUAGCAAUGCCACGUCAGGUUACAAUUUCAGAUAUACCCAGUAUUACAAAGAUGGAAGCGGGGAAACCUUUCGUACCUUGUUCAAAGUAUAUGGGAUCCGGAUUGACAUCAUGAUUAAUGGACAGGCAGGAAAGUUUAACAUCGUUCCAACCAUUGUAAAUAUUGGAUCAGGCCUGGCCUUAAUGGGAGCUGGAAUGUUUCUUUGCGACGUGAUCUUACUGUACCUGAUGCCGGACAGCUCAUUCUACCGUGAAAAGAAAUUUGAAAUUGACAAGGGUCGGGGACACAAAAAGCACCGAGAUCAUAAAGACCACAAGGAUCACAAGGAUCACAAAGACCACAAGGAUCAUAAGGAUCACAAAGAUCGUAAAUCUGCGCAUCAUCAUCGAGAGAGGCGGCACCGAAGGCGGCCAGCAGAACCGCAGAAGCUUACUGCUGUCACGACCCAAAAUUAGCCUUAACUGACCAGAAACAUGGAGAAGGUGAGGGAUUUUCUAUUAGGCAGAGGGAGCUGUAUUCUGCAGGGGCAAUCUCCAAAGAUGGAUUCCCACAUGAAGGCUCACUGGGAGAUCAUUUGAAUUUGAGACAGAUUCAUGUGAGUGAAAUGUAAGUGAUAUCCUGGAAAUUGCUUGAACAGCUUCAUAAAAAAAGGCAAUGAGUUACAUCUAUCUGCCUGUCUCUGUAGCAGUCAGUGCUUGCUGUAGAAGUCAUUUGCUGAAACAACUACUAAAUUGCUGGUGUAUCUUCCCAUUUAGCCACAACAAGGUGGCCUUGUAUUCAGAAUAAUCUGUUUACAAUAAAUAUGGCAUUACUGUGCAGACACAGUCUGGUGUGUAAUAAAAUCUUGGGAGUGGAACCCAAAUAUUUGGAGUGGGAAGAUAAAAAUGUAUCAUACAGUUGUUUAAACUAAAAUUUCACAAGAUGACAUUUGGGUCUAGUGGGAUGUUUUCAGAUCUUUUGAAUAGCAGCUGGGUGCAGUUUUGCAAAAACUAUGUUAUUAAAACAUUCUAAUUCGCCUAGCUUCUUCCUCUUUUGACAAUGAAGAUGGAUUAUAUGGCAAGCUUGUACAAGUCCUCACACCGGCCAGGUAUUGCCUGUGUGACUUGGUAGCCAGAUUAGAUGUCUAUCUACGUAUGCUGGUGUUGUACUGUGAAAUGGAAUGCUCGGGCCAGUCGAAAAUGUGUUUUACAAUGUUAUGUUGGUGCAUCGUGUUCAGUUGGACAAUGUAUUUCCUGUUGUAAUUUCUAGUAGACAUUUUUAACUUGUUUAGGUUAAGUUUCAUUCAAGAAGUUGUACUAGAGGAGAGACAUGUUUUUGUCAUGUUUGUCAGGUCAUAAUUUAAUGUUUACAGCGGGUACCGUCUUCAAUGGAACAAAGCUAUUGUGGAGCAAAACAUAUGUAAUGGUUCAUAUUAAAAUACAGUAUAUUGUUUAAUAAUCUGGUUGAGAACAGUUGCAUGGAAAAUUCCCUCAUAAAACAUGAAUAAAAUAUUAAAUACAUGUUUACUAUUUUUAAAUGCAAGAAUGCUGUUAAACCUACGAAUGAGCUGUGGCAAAUGUCUGUAAAUAAU